GGAGGAGGAGGAUGGAUACAGUGAGUGACGACGGUGUCACAGUUAACAACAGGGUCAGGUUCACGGUUUCUACCAGUGUAUCGUUACCCACACAGACGGAGUCAUAGAGGCAUAGUAACCGCAGAAGAGACCACCGUUGGCCGGAUUACUGUCUUCUUGUUGUCGCUCUCUGGGAGGAAGAAGGGCGAGGAUAUUAUGGCUACACUUUCCCCACAGAUCCGAGGACUUCCCGCAAAUGAGGAUGACUCCAGAGUUGUAAAAGUGAAAGUCAUCGCUGGAAUUGGACUGGCCAAAAAAGAUAUUCUUGGAGCCAGUGAUCCAUAUACAAGGCUGUCCCUCUAUGACCCCAUCAAUGGAGAAAUCACAAGUCUUCAGACUAAAACAAUAAAAAAGACACUGGACCCAAAAUGGAAUGAAGAAUUCUUUUUCAGAGUUAAUCCCAGGAAGCAUCGUCUGCUGUUGGAGGUUUUUGAUGAGAACCGCCUGACACGUGAUGACUUUCUGGGACAGGUGGACGUCCCCUUAAAUCAGAUACCGACAGAAAAUCCUAAUACAGAAAGGCCAUACACAUUCAAGGAUUUUCUGCUUCAUCCACGAAGCCACAAAUCCAGAGUCAAAGGUCAUCUACGUCUCAAAAUGACCUACCUGCCAAAAAACUCUGGCUCAGAGGAGGAAACAGCAGAUCAGACUGAGGACACUGACCCUGGUUGGGAGCUUCUGGAGACUCAGGACAUGUCAGGGCCUAGACAAAGCCAGUUGCUGCCCCCUCUGCCACCUGGCUGGGAAGAGCGUCAGGACAACCUGGGAAGAAUCUACUUUGUCAAUCAUGAGAGCAGAACCACACAGUGGCAACGGCCCACAGUGCAGGACAGUGAUUUGGAGAUGCAAAGAAGACAGAACAAUAACACAGAUGUGGAGCAUGCGUUUAUUACACGCAGACAGAUCUCAGAUCCCGAUGAAAACACCGCGCAGCAAGAGUCUCCUGAGAGCUGGGAGAUCAUUACAGAGGACGAGUCCACGAUGUACCACAGUAAUAACCAACCCAUAUCACCUUCAGCCCACACGCCUGUGGAGUUCCACUCCUUCUGUGGCGACCUGAGAAACAUGCAAGUUUCAGGGGCCACAGCUAGCGAGCAGAGCACCUCCCAGACGGAUCGCGCUAGUAAUUCAAGCCAUUCCAGUCUCAGAGGAAGUGCCCAGACUCCAGCCAGAGAGGAACAUCCUGUUAAUACUGUGCUGUUUCCAACCUCAACUGGGCUGCCUUCAGGCUGGGAGGAGAAGCGGGACAAUAAAGGAAGGCGCUACUACAUCAACCACAUUAGUCGAGCCACAACAUGGACACGACCUCUCAUUCAGCAACCCUCAGAUCUAACAGCAGUACAGAGUGGUGCAGGUUUAUCCCAAAGCCCCACACCAGCCCAAACGAUUGUGUCCCCCGAGGCGUCUCCUCAGCACACCCCAAGCCCUGAGGUCACAUCAGGCUUCUUGCCGGCUGGUUGGGAGGUUCGCAGUGCUCCCAAUGGAAGACCCUUUUUCAUCGACCACAACACAAAGACAACUACCUGGGAAGAUCCCAGGCUAAAGAUUCCUGUACAGAUGCGAAGGAGACCCUCACUUGACCCUGCUGAUCUCGGCGCUCUGCCACCUGGCUGGGAGGAGAGAGUCCACACUGAUGGGAGGAUAUUCUACAUAGAUCACAACACCAGGACCACACAAUGGGAUGAUCCCAGAUUACAGAACUCAGCUAUAACUGGACCAGCUGUGCCUUAUUCCAGAGAUUAUAAACAGAAGUAUGACUACUUCCGGAAGAAGCUGAAGAAACCAGCUGACAUCCCAAACCGCUUUGAAAUGAAGAUGAGGCGAAACGCCGUGCUGGAGGACUCAUACCGACGCAUCCUCUCAGUUAAGAGGGCAGACCUGCUGAAGGCACGACUGUGGGUGGAGUUUGAGGGAGAAAAAGGACUGGACUACGGUGGCCUGGCCAGGGAGUGGUUCUUCCUCAUGUCCAAGGAGAUGUUCAACCCGUACUACGGACUGUUUGAGUAUUCUGCUACGGACAACUACACGCUGCAGAUUAACCCUAACUCAGGUUUAUGUAAUGAGGACCACCUGUCCUACUUCAAGUUCAUCGGCCGUGUGGCAGGCAUGGCUGUUUAUCAUGGAAAACUACUUGAUGCUUUCUUCAUUCGGCCUUUCUACAAGAUGAUGCUGCAGAAACCAAUCACCCUCCAGGACAUGGAGUCCGUUGACAGUGAAUAUUUCAACUCCUUGAUGUGGAUUUUGGAGAAUGACCCAACAGACUUGGAUUUGAGAUUCACCAUUGAUGAAGAGCUGUUUGGACAGACUCACCAGCAUGAACUGAAGCUGGGUGGCACUGAGAUUGUCGUCACCAAUGAGAACAAGAAGGAAUACAUCCAUCUGGUGAUGCAGUGGAGGUUUGUGAACAGGAUACAGAAGCAGAUGACAGCUUUCAAGGAGGGAUUCUUUGAGUUGAUACCACAAGAUCUGAUCAAGAUCUUUGAUGAGAAUGAGCUUGAGCUGCUCAUGUGUGGUCUUGGAGAUGUGGAUGUGAAUGACUGGAGAGAGAACACCAAGUACAAGAACAGCUACUGCUCCAACCACGCAGUUAUCCAGUGGUUUUGGAAAACAGUGCUGCUGAUGGAUGCAGAAAAGCGAAUCCGGCUCUUACAGUUUGUGACGGGAACAUCCAGAGUGCCAAUGAACGGCUUCGCUGAACUCUAUGGGUCUAAUGGACCACAGUUGUUCACCAUUGAGCAGUGGGGAACACGUGAUAAACUCCCCCGAGCCCACACAUGCUUCAACCGGCUUGAUCUUCCUCCUUAUGAGUCUUUUGAGGAACUAAGGGAGAAACUUCACAUCGCCAUUGAGAAUGCACAAGGCUUUGACGGGGUGGAUUAAUGCGGGCGCAGUAAAUGAGCUGAACUGACACUUAAAGUAAAGAGUAAAGCCAAGCAGCAUGAUGUGGUUAUGUUGAUGAGAGAAACAAGCUGUGCGUCAGACUUGGAUCUUAACCUGCCAGCUGUGUGACAGAUGAAGGACAGUCACACAGCCCUCACUUUGGGCCUCUGAUGGGGCACACAUGGACAAAGUUAGACUUUAAAUCUGGAGAGACUGAGUUUUUUAAUUACUCCAUGUGUUGUAAUGUUUACAAAUCAGUUUUUGUUAUUAUUUCAUUCUGUGAUGUAAGUCGCUCAAAAGUGUAUUCACUUUUAUUUGUUCUGCUAAAAUGCUUAAAUAUUUAAAGAACAUGAUUCUGUGAAAUGACAAUAUUAUAGAAGUUAAUGUGAAUGUAAAGCUUAAAAACAUCUAACUUUAAAAAAAAACAAAAAAAAACAUUAGUUUCAUUUGGGCUGAAUUGCCUCAGAGACACACAAUGCUCCGUUUCUCACAUCAGGUACUUGUGAGACUUAAUAGUAGUUAUGUUGCUUCUCUUGGAAAAACUUGUCCCUUUCACUACAUGACUACAUGUUAAGUGAACAGUCCAAAAUCCCUUUAAACAUGACAUUCAGAGGUUUUAAAAAUUAAAAGAUGAAACCAAUUACAAAUAUUUGACUUCAUACCUGUUUUGACAUUUAUACAUUAUAACAAAAGAAAUAAAGAAACAGACAAUGCUUAAGGAAGAAAGAAAAAGACCAUUCAUCAUAUCAAGAAGAAAGACUAUAUAUAUAUAUAUAUAUAUAUAGUGUAUAUAAUGGUAAGAAAGAGAUAAAUAAGUAAACUAAAUAAUAAUGCUUUUACUGUUGUAGAGCAAAGUAACAUAGCAGUAUUUCCAGAUUAAGAUUUAUUAGGUUUCCUCCUCAUUGGCCAUAUGUCACAGGCAUCCACUUCUGGUAUUUAAGUACUUACAACAUGAACCGGGUGAACCGGUCUGAUAUAAACAAUCUGCCUUGACCAUAUAGUGGUAAAUUGAUCUUGGUGUACUCUUAGUGAAUAUGUCAAUUUCUCCAUUGUAUAUUUUUGGUGAACUAGCUCCAUCUAGCCCUCAGUCAAGGAGGCUUGGGCCUUUAACCAUUUGCAAGUUAUGGCUUUUUACCUUCAGCCAGUAGAAUUGUUGUAGGACUCUAUUUGGGUUUAUAUUAUAUAGAUAUUACAUAGAUACAGAACAUCGAAUCAGAAAGGAAUGGAGGUUCUCAAUGCCUCCUCUAAAGUCCGGUGGAUAUUCUUCCAGUUGGUGGCCAGGACAUGGCAAGACCAAAAGAUAUGAUAAUGAUUCAAAUUUUUGGCCUGGCAUUGCCUCUAACAGUCCAAGUUGAUAGUUGUGUAUCGCUUCUGUAGAGGGGUAAUGAAGAAUCUAACCAAAUUCUCCCAACAAAUCUCACUCCAAAUAAGGGAAUUUUGUAGUUUUCCACUGUGUUUGGCAAAUCAUUUGCCAUUCGUGCCCAGAGAGAACCCUGUUACUUCACCUGUCCCAUUUCUCUUUGACAGGAAAAGGCAGCCGUAUAUCCUGGAAAUAAUUUUAGUGUUGUAUUCAGUCAUAGGCAGAUACAAAAAAAAUUCCUUAUUCUAUUCUCUGAGUUUUCCAAAUUAAUGUCUUUUAUGACUGUUCUCAAAAAAUGUUGUAUUUGGAGGAAACUCUAGAAAUCUUGCUUUCAAAAUUAUAUUCUUCCUUCACAGUCUGAAAACUCUUUAGUACUCCCUUAUGUACCAAAGUACAGUAAGCUGUAACCCCUUUCCCUGCCCAUAUAUUAGAUCUUGUCACUCUAAUUGGGGGUAUAUGACAUUUUAAACAACAAAACAUGAAUAUAGAUUGGUAAUUCAACCUAAAUAAAACAGAUGUGAAGAUGUUUUCUCUCCCAUUUUCUUGUCAUUUAAAGUCUAUAUAUAAUUAUACAUUUUUCAUUCCAGUAUAUUAGAAACACUGAUGCAAUAAAUCCAAAAUAUAUCUGAAAAUGUGCAGGUUAUAUACAGGUUUGAGCAACUGCACUUAAACAAAGUGUGUCAGUGUAUCAAUUAAGCAUUAUAGUAGUGAUGUACCAAUAUCAGGACCAGUUAAAGGCUAAACUAAUAAUACUGUUGGUAUCUGUGAAGUCCACAGAUCGAAAAAAGUGACUACAUGCAGUGUUAGACUGUUCUGAAAUCCUUUGCAUAAUUGUACAUAUUUACAUAACAAUUGAAUAUCAUUUGAUUUUUGAGUUUAACAGAUAUUACUUACUUACUAAUACUUAUCUUGUACAUGCAAAUAUAACUUUGCUUUCUACAAACUGACAAAGCAACUGUUGUUUGUAAAUAAUAAAAGUACAAACAAUUAUCAUUAUCAGUAGCUAUUCAUACCCAAGUUCAACACUGACUGUUUAAAAAAAAAAGAAUAAAUGUAUGAAUUUACAUUAUAUACCCUGAGCAGUAGCUUACAGAAACCAUCUCAGACAGACUGACCUUAUACAGUAUGUUAAACAUGUUUUGUUGCCUUUUGUCAAUGAGUGAUAUCAUUUUUGUUUUCUUCUACUCAUCAUGGGUGUCUAAUUGCAGCACAAUGCUCUAUUUUUAAGAGUACAACUUUAAAAUUUGUUUUGUUGGUUGUCAAAAUGUGUACAGAUUAUUGUUUUCAAAAUGUGUAAUCACUUGUAAUACCUUUAUAAGAAAGUAACAUUUAACAUUUUCUGAUGGUAAAACAUGUGUUUACACUGCCUGCCAUGUUUACAGGUUGUUGAUAAAGGAAGAUGUUGUGGGCUAGUUCUUGUCUCUGACAACACAAUUUUAUACUUAUGCUUUUAUAAAGUGAAGCACUUUGUUAAUAUCGGAGUCUUACUUCUGAACUGUCUGAAUCUUUGCCAAUCUGUCAUCUGCCGACUGCUUAAAUCGCCCUUUAAAAGCAUGAUCCUGUGCUUCAAGUGCACAUGUGUUCAAAUGUUUACAUGUGAACAUUGCUGAAAAUAAGCACAUUCUCUUCUUUCACUGAUAUUUAAAAUUAAAUACCAAGGCCUUUGUUUGUAAUAUAUUGUAGAAUCUGAUUGUGUUUAUUGAUGUUAUAAUCUCUAAAUGGAAGUCCUGUUAUAUAUGUAUUGUUCUCUUCUGAAGAAUAUUGAAUAGAUCAACACUUCAUUUCUGAUAUAUCAAAUUUUGUUAUUAUACAAUUGAAUUAUAACACCUAUAAGUGCAUUACAACAACAACAUACCUGCAGCAUAUAUAUAUAUAUAUAUAUAUAUAUAUAUAUAUAUAUAUAUAUAUAUAUAUAACAGUUAAGAGGGUGAAAUGAACUGUAGCUGUUAAAUCCCAAUUUGAUGACCUAUAGCACACCAAAUUGAAUAUAAAUAUAUUUGAAGGAUAAUAAAAUACAAAAAUAAUC